AUCUCAGGUAACCUCGGCCAGGCCAGGCCAGACAUUCCUUUUACAGUUGUUGUGCCCGUCGCAGCGACCGUGCGUCUGUCCGUCUCCGUCGCCGCCACCCCGACUGCACCAUCGACCACUGCACCGUACACGUCAUGGAGACUGCCGGCCUGACCGACGAGAGCAGCCGUGAGUGAUCCGCAGGGCAAACCGCUGGAGGCUGCGGGGGCGGCAUGACCCACAAUGCAGCCCCGAACGGACCCCCUCGAAAGCUACUAUGACCUCGGCGAAGAAAUUGGAAAUGGACAAUCAGCGGUGGUGCGUGUGGCCGUGGAAAAAAGCACCGGGCGCACUUUUGCGGCCAAGGUGGUGCGGAGGCGGCGCAAGGGGGCGGGCGACGAGCGGCGGGAGGCGGCGGUGCUGGCCUCGCUGCGCCACCCCAACGUCGUCGGUCUGCACGAAACCUUCCAGCAGGCGCAAAAUUUUGUGCUCAUCCUCGAAUUAGUGGCUGGCAGCGAGUUGGAGGAAGUUUUGGCGGCCCGCGGCGGCGGCAAAUUGCCCGAGACGCAGAGCAUUGACGUGGUGCGCCAGGUUCUCAACGGCCUGCACUACAUGCACUCCCAGGGCAUUGCUCAUCUCGAUCUUAAGCCUGAGAAUGUGAUGGUGUCUGGCCAGGACCCGCCGUGGCUGGUGAAACUGAUCGACUUUGGCCUCUCCAGAGAAGUUUCUGGCGGAACCGAACGAGCUUUGCAAGGGACCCCUGAAUUUUUAGCGCCCGAAGCAGUCAAUUUUGAGCCUUUGUCUCUCGCCACUGACAUUUGGGCUGUCGGAGUCAUCACAUAUCUUUUACUUACAGGCUUUUCCCCCUUUUUGGGCGAGGACAAGCAGUCCACGUUUUGCAACAUAGUGGCCGGUGAUUUUGACCUGAGCCAAGAGCGAUUUGAAAACGUGUCCAAUUUAGCAAUCCAGUUCAUUUCACGCGUUUUGGUCCAAGAUGCCAGAAAACGUCCAAGUGCAUUGCAGUGUUUAGAUGAUCCUUGGUUGAAAUCAGAAGUUGUCAUGUUGAAGACCAUCGAGCAGAUAGACUGUCAAGUUUCAAAGACGCAGAAAAACGUGGGCAGAUAUUGGAAAAUUCUCUUUCAUGUGAUAUCAGCAUCAAGAUUCAUGUUUGCCACUUUGCCCGUGAAGAUGAGCGAAGAAAAAUUCGUGCAGGACAAGCCGGAGAAAGGCGACGGCGGACAAGUGGUGAUGAUCGAACUGGUGCCCACGUUGAUCUGUGAUCUCGUAGUGAAUUGUCAAAGUGGCUGCAGCGGCGACUUGAAGCCGCCGCUUCUUGUGCAAAUCGAAAACAAACACGAAGAGACUGAACUGGGAGCGUCGUCGUCCGAGAACGACUUUUCCAGCAGCGCCGUCACCAGCAGUGACAGCGAGCAGUGCCAAAGCCUGGACAGCGUCGUCAAAUCGCAAGACGUGCCAAUUUUCAAGCAGGAAUCAAAGGCAGAGGAGACGUUUGUGCAGAAGAUCGUCUCAGUCAUUGCGAGUUUAAAGAAAAAGGACUCGGUGACCCAAGAGGAGACGGACGAUGAGGCGAUGAACACGGUCAUCACGGAGGUGACCGAAGUCAGUGACCAGGACCAGACCCCUGACCUGGGCUCCAAGGAGAACCUCGAGGGCAUCCUGGGGGGCGCCGAGUUGGAGGCGAGCGACUCGAGGGGCGAAACGCCCAUUUUCUGGGCAGCGCGCCAAGGAAAUGCAGAGGCGGUUCGACUCCUUUCGGCCGCCGGAGCCAAGAUCGGCGCCCAGAAUAAGUUGGGAGAAACUUGUUUGCACGUGGCUUGUCGAUACGGACACGCUUCUGUGGUCGGCGCACUUUGCUUACUGCCCUUGGACCUCGACCACCGAGAUAUGGAGGGCGAAACUGCUCUGCACGCCGCAAGCGCCAGGGGCCACAGUGAGUGCGUCCGGCGCCUGGUGGACGCCGGCGCCAGUUUGGACAUCCAGGACAAGCGGCACAAAGCGACGCCCCUGAUGCUGGCCAUGCGGAGACACCACUCGAGGGUGGCCCUGCUGCUGCUGCACGCCGGCGCCGACCUGGAAACGCCCGACUGGGUCGGAGACACGCCGCUGCAUGUGGCGGCGUACGAAGGCCUGUUGUCGGUGGCGCAAACGCUGUGUGCGUAUGGCUGCAAGGUGGACUUGCCCAACGAGGCUGGGCUGAUGCCACUGCACGUGGCUUCCAGGAAAGGCCACACCGAGAUUGUCAGGUGUCUCUGUUUGGCUGGCUGUGACGUGGAGAGGAGAAAUUCUGACGGUAUAAAGGCUGAAAUCACCGCUCUGAAACACGGGCAUCAAGAGGCAGCAGAACUUCUGGCUCGGCUAAGCAACGCGCGGCAACGGGACGAGUUCAUCCGCCAAUUAGUCCCUGGCACUCAUCCAAUAUCCAGAUUGACCAUAAAACUGCUGGGCCACUGUGGCGUGGGCAAAACGACGCUGCUCGACACUCUCGGUGCCGGUCUGUUGGCCAGUUUUUUCCGAAGGAGCAAAACGCCGACUGCCUCUAUUUCUGGUCCCAGCUCGCCCAACAAGACUCAUAUCGAGAUGGACGUCACUGUGAGCACAAAACCCGAAGAGCUGACUUUUGACACCAAAGGCACCGUGGACGGAACAAGAGGCGUCGACGUCAGAAAUUUGUCUGUCGCCGGGGUUGGAGAGGUGAGCGCGUGGGAGUUGUCGGGCCAAGAGGCCUAUCUGUCGUCGCACCACAUCUUCCUGACCUCGCCCCACACCGCGCUGCACCUCGUGGUCUGCAGCUUGGACGACCCUCCUGCGACCAGGCUGCAGCAGUGUCUCUUCUGGCUGUCCUUCCUCAAGGCCAGAAUCGCCACCCUCGACCCUAUUAAAUGCGGUGGAGCGCCGAGAUGGCCAAUCAGGGUGAUCCUGGUUUUGACGCACGCCGACAGCGCCCGCUGCCCGAAGGCCCAGAGUGGGGAAUACGUGAGCAGCGAAGCCCAAUGGCUCCUGUCCCAACUGGAGCCCCAAGCUGCCCCUGCACUUGCCCUUCACCCCGUUCCUCUGGUCAUCGACGCACACGUGGCGGGAUCGCCUGGCAUUCGAGCCCUCAAAACCAUCGUGAACGACUCCAGACAGCAACUCCUCCAGGAUAAGUUGUGCACGAAGCAUGGUAUUUGUGAUAGCAUUAGCAACUACUUGUUUUCACUGUUGGUACCAAGAACAUCAGGCUUGUUGGACGCCACCCUGAAGUGGCUCCAGGGCUGGAGAAGGGCGCACAGCGGCCUGCCGGUGGCCCAGUGGGCAGGUUUCGUCCAACUGGUCAGGACGAACGUCAACCCUUUGACAGGAGAGGAGCACCUCAAGGAACUCCUCCACCAGUUGUGCUACAUGGGAGAAGCACUUUGGCUGAGAGAGUCGGGAUUGGUGUUUCUGUGCCUGCAAUGGCUGGGCAAUGAACUCCUCGGCCAGCUCCUGUCACCAGAAUCGAUGGCGGCUGCCAGGGUCACAGGGUGCUACACCCCUCUGGACUUCAACUCGGCCUUUCCGCAACCGGCAGACCCAAAUUUAGUCCUGCAUGUUUUGGAAUCUCUGGAUUUUUGUGUCCAGUGUGAAAAUGACGGUGAGAUCGAGUACGAGUUUCCCUGUCUCAAUUUCAUGGAGACCAUCGACGGCCUGUGGGACCCCGCGGACCCCCGGUACGUGGACGGCGUGUAUUGCGGGCACCGGAUGAAGGUCCCGGCAGGCACCUCACCUUACCUGCUGGCCACCCUGUUCCCUCGAAUCCAGGUCCAGCUGCGCAGAGCAACUCAGGGUGCUGCAGACCCAGACAUGGAUCUGUACCAAUGGCUGCACGGCUCAAAACUCUGCUCGGGACUGCUCGAGAGCUUGGUCACCCUGGAAAGGGGUGGCCACGUCGAAAUCAAGGUUCGAGGACCGUCGCACAUGAAGAGCAACUGUUUUUACUUUUUGGAGGAGAUCAUGGCCAUUUUCGAGCAGGUCAUUCUGUGUGUGAGUCCUGGCCUAACAAUGGAGCACCGAGUGAUCAGCGCAGCUCAGCUGAGAGCCCACGCUGCGAAACCGACGAAUUGGCCCUCCGAGGUCGUCCUGGAAGCCGCCCUGACCUCAGACAACUCGCCCCUGCAGGCGCAACUCACAAACCCCGCCACGAAUGGCCAAGAAAUCGUGCUGGACAUCUUGGCCUUCGGCGCGUCCCAGGUGAUGAACACGUUGGUGCUCGGCUGCGACCUGCCCUUCGCCUUUCUCGGGCCCAGCGCCAGACAGGCCCUGAGCAAGGCCCUCGACCCGCAGGACUCGCUCGGCCGCGACUGGUGCUUGUUGGCGGUCAGUCUGGGUCUCGGAGAGCGACUGGCGGCCUUCGAAGGGGCUUCGGCCUCCACUAGUCCUACUUUGAAGCUCCUCGACGAGUGGGGAAGAGACAAAGGAGCAACCAUAGGGGCGCUUGUCAAAAAGUUGAAGGAGCUGGGCAGGGAAGACGUGUCCCAGCAGCUUCUCAAACUGGCCCCGCUGUACCGGGUGCUGCCGUCGGACGAGUGCUGGUCGGACGAAAUCGAGUCCAACCCGGACGAAAUCCUGGACACCAGUAGCUCCAAUUUAUCUCGGUGACCUGCAGGUUGAGCUGCGAAUCAGGCUUGAAUUGAUUUGGAAAUUGAUGCAAACUGGCAGUCCGAACUGCUAGCAAGGCUUCCUACUCUGUAAAGGAAGCAAAAAUCGAAAUGUGGAGUGGCAUCCACAAUAAGAUGAGCAGUUUUGGCGCAUCAAACUUACAAACCAUCCACUGCAGUAAUAAAAGCAUAUUCUCUGAAUUACGUAUGAGAAUUGAAUUUAAAAAAUCCAUCCAAAGGAGUCUGUAUUUCAGCUACAUUAAAAGUGUUUGGAUGUUUCUAUCCGUGGAAUUAUCUUUUGUCGUAACAAAGAUGGUGAAAGGGAAUGUGGAGAAUUUAUUAUGCAACAAUAAUAAGAAACUGUCCUUCUGUGAUGCUUUGCACGUCUAAACUUGAAACAUCUAAUGUAUUAAGACACACACUCAAAAUUUGGUACUUGAAGAAAAGUGAGCCUCUGUCAAUUGAUAAAUAUUGCCUGCGGAACUAAAUUGUUGAAUAUAUAAUUUGAAAUUUCAAAUGAUCUCAUAUUUGAAUGUAUACUUGGCUGGUGUUAGCUUAAUUAAGGACGAGAGUUACAUUCACAGCUCAAAUUAAUUAAAAAAAAACGUAGAUUUUACAAUAAUCCAUUGUUAAUUAAUUGAAUAAGCAGUUAAUUUUAAUUACGCCCUGAGCAUAUUUAAGCAGCGCUGGCAAAAUUUUCGUUUGUGCAGCACAUUUUUGCAUGAACAUGAAACAAACACAAAUGCUGUAUUAUCCCGAUAGAAAUUUAUGCUCAUGUGUACUGUGCGCUUUUGAUGUGAAACUGUUCCCAACAAAACUAAUCCAUUAUUCAUAAACAAACACACUUCCAGCCGAACCCACAUAUGAACAAAUUAAUUUGUGCUUUACGACCAUGCGCGGUUUAUACGAAUUUACAGGCCUACACAGCAACGCGGUUUCCACUUGGUGCCGUUUGAUUAAAACAAUUUGAAAUUUGUCACUCGAAUUAUAUAAAAAUGAUAAGUUAAUCUGUCUGUUUGUGUAUUUUUGUAUCUGAUAUGAUUUUGCAACAUUUGAAUGUGCAGCAGUGCGCUGAAAACUAUACUUCUAGGUUAAGAAAGAAGUGAGGCUAUACAACUUAAAACAAAAUAAUAUGAAACGAAAUUUAUACAUUUUUAUUGUUAAUGUUAAUGCACGGAUGCUUCGCACAAAUAAAUAUACAUAAAUCAUGGACUAAUACAAAUGUAUUGAAUCAUUU